CUUGCCGACUAUAAGACCCGCCGACGACCGUCUCGACAACCCAGUCUACAGUUCAACCGUUAACGUUUGCGGUCUAAACAAACGAUGAAACGAGAUAUGCUUGUGCUGUCAAUAUUGCUGUGCAGCGCAGCUCUCACAGCUUCAUUUCCUUCGACACACGAGACCCAGAUCCAAAAUGAAAACUUACUCGCAGAUGAUUUAGAAGAAGAAAUCGAUCCGGACACCCUCUCAGAUUACCUCGUGUACCUCCUGACAUCGGCGAACGACGUCGACGUCCCCCUGGUUUUCGUCCAGGAAGAGUUGCCAGAACCUUCGAACGUCAUCGCCAAACGUACAAGUGUCUACUGUGAGUCCCCCAGGUACUACAGACGGUACCCGUGGAAAAGGCAAAACGGGCGGAUGUACGAGCCGGACGGCUACCUCUGCUCGCCCACCCGGGAGGACGUCUUCCAGCUCCUCAUGGCGCUCCACGAAACGAGGUCCGGCAACGGUGACAGGACCGUUUCCUUCUGCAACAGGCGCAGGCCUGCCAGGGCGAUCGUCACCAAUUUACGAUUCCUCGGAAAACGCUGAGCUACCACGAGCGACACCAACAGACACGAUCACUGUAUAUUUCCUCCCGAGGCACACCUCUCCUUACAACUGGGUGGAGAAACCUUUCUUUCAUUUUGUAUCUUAACAUUAAAAAAUAUUAUCAAUUGUAUCAUAAUAAACUUCACAAUAUGUUUUAAUGCCAUGUUAUUAUACUCUUAAGAAAUC